GGUGAUGAAGUAUCUUCAUGAAAGACAAGGUUGCUAUGUUAAAGGCACAUCAGAUACAUUCCAGUACCUGUAGUUUUCUGGGCAUUCAUACAUAUAACCUGAAAAUGAUCCAAGCAAUCAUAAUUAGAGAAAGGAAUUAUUCGUUCUUAAAUCUAAUAAAUACAUGCUACUAAUUGAUUAACUUAUUACCUGC